GGAUCUGAACAGUAACAAUUUCUUUUCGAGAUAGGCAUACGAUAAUACAUGGAGCCCAUUGAUGCGGUGCACCACCAUAUGGUGUAUCUGGUGCACGAUAUAAUUUCUCCGCUGAGCCCCAGAACCCUAAGAGCAUCCAUCUGCCCAACCCCAAUCCAUCGAGCUCCCAAGCCGUGCCCCCCAUGUCGACCGCUUUCGACUUUGUCCUCCCAAAAGCCACCGAAACCCCCUCCCCACUCUCAACUCAGUGGACAGGUCUGAAGAUAAGCCCCUUCUCCCCUUCCUCCCUCCCAAUCGCCCUUCGCCCCAAGAGGCCAAUCCCAAUCCCAUUCCCUAUCCAAGCAAUCUCCCACCAAAACCAUUACCACCACCCCUUCCCCCUCUCCCUCCACCCCAUCCAGCCCACCAUCACCACCGCUCCCACCACCGUCUCCGCUGGCCGCAGCAAGAAGAAGCCCGGCGGCCCUUCCCCGGGCCGCAUCGAGGGCAACGCGGAGGUCCGGCGGCAGGCCAAGGAGAACGCCCGCCGACGGUCCCGCCGCCGCGCCGAGAACCGCUUCUACCGCCGCAACCGCUCUAACGGUAACUACGCCGACCACUUCACCGAGGAUGAGCUCCAGAUGAUCGGCCUCGGCUACGACCGCUCUGUCCGCUUCCUCCAGAAAGACGACCCCGACCUCCGCCACCCCUACGACUGGUACAAGUACGGCCGCUACGGCCCUUACUCCUGGCGCGGCAUCGUCAUCGGCCCCCCCAUCCGUGGCCGCUUCACCGACGACCGCGUCUCCAUCUACGGCGAGGUCCGCGACCACGAAGAAUUCGAAGAGAUCGAGCAAUUCGAGAUGUCCUCCGACUUCUCCAAACGCCUCGCCGCCCUCGAUUCCAGCAUCGGCUUCCGGUACUACUGGGUCUUCGUCCGCCACCCGAAAUGGCGGCCCACCGAGCUCCCGUGGCAGCAGUGGACGCUGGUGUGCGAGGUGGCGCUGGAAGCCGGGAAGGAGGAGAGGCUCGACAAGUGGAGCCUCAUGGCCCGACUCGGCAACAAGACGAGGGCCAUGAUCACCCAGUGCGCCGCCUGGAUGCGGCCCGACAUCAUUUACGUCAAGCGCCCCGUGUACCAGAGCCGGUUCGAGCCCCAGGACGACUUCUUCAAGCUGCUCGGCCCGCUGCUCGACCCGACCACGGAGAACGAAUACCCCUGCGAGCUCAAGACAGAGGGUGGCCGGGUCGAAACCUGCACCUACUUCGGCGGGCUCUGCAAGAUCGUGAAGAUAAGCCCCAAGGCCUACGUCGACGACGUCGUGAAGGCAUACCAGAAGCUCGGCGAUAAGGGGAAGUCGAGGUGCUUGGAGUUUUUGCUGACCAACCACCCCAUGGAGCUCCUUCAUCCAUAUACCAAGGAGUGGAAGGCCAAGCUGGAGGAGAUGGAGCUGGGCUGCGAUGCCCCCGACGAUAGCGAGUCCGAAAAUGGUGAUCAGGUCGAGAGUCAGGUUACAGCUUGGAGCGAGGACGAUGAGGAGGAUGAGGAUGAUGCAGUGAUCGAUGUUGGAGAAGAGGAGGACAAUGAGGAAGUGGCAACUGAUCGAAAAGAGAGCGCCGAGUAUUGGAUCGAGCAGUGGAAGAAGGCUAUGAGGAGCUCGGAUGAAAUGGAGAAUUUCGUGAAGAAAAGCAUCGAGAUUUCUGAUGAAUUAUAUGAGAGGCAGAUGAUGGAAGAGCAGCGAAUGAAGGAGAGGAUGAAAGAUGGGAAUCUGCGCACUGCUGUUUUGGAUCAGGAGGAGCGCAAUGAAGAGUUCGAUAGUGAAGGGGAUGAAGAUCCCAAGGAGGGAGGGAGCAAGAGCAAGAAACCUAGUGGACUGUUCUUGAGAGCUGCCGUCCGGCCUUUUACUUACCGGAAUCUUGUCAAGGAAAUUGUCCUGAUGCGGCAUGGUAUCAUUGACGGAGAUAUCAAAGCAAGUGGCUGAACCAAUCAUCUGUCACCUGGAUUUGGAGGCAAUCUGUUCGACUUACCUUUGUUUUAUGGUUUGUGUGGAAGUGAAGGUCUCCAAGCAACCAAUGUUUCUUACUUUAAAGCAAUGGAGAUGUAUACCCUGGAUCAUUGGAAUUUCCAAAAGAUGUAUGAGCUUUCAAACUGUGGCUUGCAUCUCUAAAAUUGAGAGACAAUAGCAAUGUCUGAGAAACUACAUAUAUGGUUUUUUUAAAUUC